AUGGAAAACAGCGAGUCCAGGUUUGAUUUCCGCUGUGGCGGAGCGAAGAGUGAAAACGUCGACGUCGUCCGUGGAGAAUGUUACGAGAAAUAUAUGAAGCAGUACAACAAAUUUGGUUUUCCUAUGUUUGGCUUCGUGAUCAUCAAUUUUGUCCUUAUUGCUCUUGUAUGUGCUAUUUACUCCCAAAUAGUGAGAUUCAAAGUCAAUCAACUGUCACGAGGUAACCGCAACGGUGAUCAAGAGAGGCAGCUGCUCGAACAAGAAACUGCGUCAUUAACUGGAAACAAGCUUUUUAUCGCUUACUGCUCUCAACUAUCGAUAAGAAUUGUUUUAGGAGUUAUUUUCAUCAUCUUACAAACACAGUUGUUUUAUCCUUUGAAGUUUUCCUCUAAGUUUAACUGUUAUUUAACCGAUGGAACCACUCAGCCAAGGAGUUCAUCUGACAACGCCCAAAACUCUACUUUACACUACUGUCACAAUCAACGAGCGGAAAAGAAAACAUUCUGGAUGUACGCUGUCCUUACGGUGAAUGGAAUUCUUGUCGCUGGCAUUCUGGUUGAAACUGUCUACCUUUUAUCACGGGCAUGCAUUGAAAGGAGUUUCAUGCAAGACUCGAAGUUUCUAACAACCCAUCUUAAUCUCAACCGACUCCUAGAUGGACGAAAGUUUCAAGAAUUCAUCAAAAGCACAAAGAAAAUAAUUGUUCAAGAGACCGAAGAACUUUUAGAACUCCAAUCACCUUUUGUAGGUAAUCCAGGCGACCACUCAACAGCUAAAAAUUUGACUCUCGAUCAGAUUUACACCAACCUGGUGGUAAUUCAAAACAGAGAAACGCAUGACUUUACUGAAAACCGAGAGGAGCAACUCAAAGUUUAUCCAAGGUCGCGCGACGAAAACUCACAACCGAAAAGCAUGCAAGACCUUCUGGAUGUUGAAAGUAAGAAAGUUUUAAUCGUCGGUCGACCCGGAAUCGGAAAGACACUAUGUUGUAUCAAACUUCUCAGAGACUGGGCAUUGAAUAAAGAUUUCAAAGCGACAUCAGGUGCCCAAGUCCAUUUUAAUGCUGUUUUCUUCGUAAAAUUUAGAAGAUUCAACUCAGCCGACGACCUUAGCCUCAAGGAACUGUUGAUGAGGUCUGAGUAUUUCCCUACACAUGACAUGGAUGACAAGAUCUGGAAUCACCUCCAAAAGAACCCUAAAGGUGUUCUCAUGCUUUUUGACGGAUUCGACGAAUUCGAACAUGACGAAAAGAAAACCAAGGCUUCUCCUUAUCCCAAAAGCAUUGAAGAUAGAAAGCCGCUCCAAAUUCUUUAUCAAUGGCUUGUGACCGGGAAACUUCUUAAAGAUGCUUCAAUUGUAACGACUACGAGACCUACGGCUUUGUCAGGCAUCGCACAUCUGAAGUUCGACAAAAGCUUUGAAAUCCUUGGCUUCUCAACCGAGCAAAUUAAAGAGUAUAUCGACAAAUUUGCCGGAGAUGACAAGGAAGCAGGCGAAACGCUAUGGCGACACAUCAGCAGCAACAUGAACUUACUUUCGCUCUGUUAUAUCCCUGUGAACAGCUUCAUCAUGUGCUCAAGUCUGUCAGAAAUAGUGCAGUUCGAAAGUUCCGGUAGUGUUACCCUGCCUUCCGAAUUAACCACGAUAUACAAGAUUGCGGUCAAAGUAUUUUAUUUCAAACACACGAAAGAAUUCCGCGAUAAACAUUUCACCCGCAAAAACUAUCUGUCACAUAAUUUGCCUUUGGCGGUGGAGGAGAAAUUCAAGAAACUAGGAAGAGUGGCGUUUGAAGGAAUCCAAGAAGGAAACUGA